GUUUUCGUCCUGAACCGGAAUUCGCGGAUCUUUGAAACGAUGGCCGAACCAAGUCAGACGGCAAAGAAACCCUCGCUAACCGAGCAGGAGCGGGAUCUGGAGUUGCAGGCGUUCAUCGAGUUCCAGAAAGCCGACUACCAGGCAUGCCUGAAGUCGUUGCAAAAACUGCUCAAAACGCAGGAGGCCAACCCGAAGGUGCUGCACAACCGGUCGGUGGUGGAGUUCUACAACAGCGAUCUGCGGCGCUACGAUCAGUUCCGCACGGCCAUGAUCCAGCACACGGGGCUGCUGGGCGAGAUCCGGACGGUGGAGAUCAAAGAUUGUGAGUCGUGUGCAGCGUACGUGAACCAGGCGAUCGUACUGUACCACUUCAAGCAACCGCUGGCAGCCCUGAAGAUCAUGCUCGCAGUAAUGGCACACUUUGAUCAGCUGGAUGAUUAUCUGCUGCGGAAGGCAGGCAUAUUUACUGUGCACUUGCUGCUGGACACGAACCAGCCGAAAAAGGCCAAUCGAUUGCUGGGAAUGUUACAGAACCGUCUCGGAAUUCAGGUGUACGCCAUUCUGAGCGAUUCGGACGAGGAUGAACCACUGAUCGAUAACGAAAGCCGGAAAGAUAUCUCCGAGCUGCAGUUCGAGGAGUUCCGCAAAGAGUUCCGGCUUAUUCUGAUCCGUUCGAAUCUGCUCAACGGCAAGAAGAACAUGUCGAUCCCGCUCGAGGACACCUCGGAGUACUCGAUACUGAAAGGGCACCAGUAUUUUCUCGGAAACGAUUACCAGAUGGCGGCGAAAGAACUCUCGAAACAGUUCACCAACGAUCCCGUUUGCGUACAGCGGCACGGUGAAGAUCAGAAUACGGUUCUGGCGAACGAUAUGGGUGUGAUUCACUUCUCGGUGAAACACUACGCCCUGGCAGCUCGGUUCUUUCAGCAGGCACUGCUCUUCGAUCAGGCAGCCACGGAAGAUACCUCGACGGAGAAAGUGGAAGGUUCGCCACUCUACUGCGUGGGGGCAACGAAACGACCGGAAAUACUGUACAACCACGGGCUGGCACUGCUGCACCUGCAACGGCCUAAAGAGGCUUUCGAGUGUCUGCUGAUCGUGCUCAACUCGUACCACAACAAUCCACGUCUCUGGCUGCGACUGGCCGAAUGCUGCAUCAUGGUGCAUCGUCAGGAGCGCCAGCAACAGGGGAAAAACAUUUCUCAAGGCGCCGUUGGAAGCGGUGUCCAUCGGAAGUAUAUCCUGAAUCCAGCACCGAAAACCCCAGUCGUCGAUGGUGACCAAUCGCUCGCCAUUCCUGCGACAACGCUCGAGUUCGGUGCGCUUUGUCUACGGAAUGCGGUCACUUUGUUGGAGCUCCACGAACCGGAGCUGGUGCGUCAAACGGAGAACUGCGAUCGAACGGUAACGUGGGAUAAGGUGUACGAAGGAGUACCCUGCAACCCUUCGUUACCGAUGAAACUGGCAUCGUUUAACAAACUGAAAUGUGCAGUACUGGCCGCGUACAGUUUCGUGCUCAAUACGCUGGGCGAGUACAGCUUGGGGUUGAAGUACGCUAAGCAACUGCUCACCGUAAAAGAUCUUCCACAGUCCUAUCUACUGCUUUCGCAUAUGUACUCCGCCGAAGCGCUCGUGAUGAUGAAUCGUCCACUGGAAGCCCUAAGCUAUCUGGAGCCCAAGUUUAUCAGUGAGCUGACGGGCGAUGAUUUCGGAAUGCGCGCUUCACCGCACUGGAACAUCAAUGCAACGGAUGCAGCGCAGGCCGGGUCACGCGGGUCACCACACUGGAACAUUAACUCGGCCGAUGCCGCCCAAACCGUGAUGCACUACAACCGGGCCGUGGUGCUGAUGUUGAAGGGCGAAUAUGAGCAGGCAAAGGUGUCGAUGAAUGCGUGCAAUCACCCGCUAGUAGUACCGCAUCUGAAGAUGCUGAACGUGUACCAGGAGCUGCUGCUGGGAAAUUAUGACAAGGUGCAGCUAUUGAUCCGAUACGAUACGCCGCAUUUAAUUUAGUUUGAGCAAUAAAAUUGUUCAGUGUAAAAAGUC